AUGGGCAACUCCUGCUUCGGCCUCAAGGAACGCCUGAUGAAGCGGCUGCGGCCUCUGCCGACUGUGAUCGUCAUCCGCACCUGCCUGCCCCAGAGAAGGAGCAGAGAUUUCCGCGUGGUGGUGCUCGGCUCGGCCGGCGUGGGCAAGAGCGCGCUGGUGCAAAGGUGGGUGCGCGGCAACUUCCGUGAGGCGUACCUGCCGACCAUCGAAGAUACCUACCGCCAGGCGCUAGGCUGCAGCCACAAGGCGGGUGCGCUGCACAUCACCGACACCACCGGUGGCCGCCGCUACCGGGGCCUGCAGCGCCUUGCCAUUGCCAGGGGUCACGCCUUCAUCCUGGUUUAUUCUAUCACCAGGAAGCAAACCCUGGAGGAGCUGAAACCUCUCUAUGAGCUGAUCCGUCAACUCAAAGGUAACAACCCGCAAAAGUGCCCCGUCAUCCUGGUGGGCAACAAGUGCGAUGAGAGCCGUCGGGAGGUGAGUGAGAAGGAAGGCGCUGCCUAUGCGUGCGAGUGGAAUUGCGCCUUCUUGGAGACCUCGGCCAAGAUGAAUAUCAACGUCCAGGAGCUGUUCCAGUUGCUGAUAAAUUUCGAGAAGAAGCCCGCCGCCGCCGCCGCAGCCCCCGCCAGCGCCCAGCCUCCGCAGAAGAAAUCCCAGAUCCCCAAGACCGCCGAGAAGCUGCUGGGCAAGUGCAUCGUCAUGUGA